AUGCCCCUCCCCCAAAUCCUAGUCGGCAAAGUCGCCGCCAUUACAGGCGGUUUAACCGGUAUUGGCAGGGCCAUCGCCCUCGAAUACCUUCGCCACGGCGCCAAAGUAGCCGUAAACCACCUCGGCGGACCCAAAGAAGAGCCCCUCAUCGAAGCAAUGCGCAAAGACGUAUCUGAAAUUAUCCGAUCCAACAGCCACAGCGACAGCGAGCAGAGCAGCAGAUUCAUCCUGGUCGCAGGGGACGUAACACAGCCCGAGACGGGGCGGGACUUCGUAUCCAAAGCCGUGGAAGCCUUUGGCCGACUCGACGUGUUUGUGAGUAAUGCGGGAGUGUGCAAGUUUGAGGAGUUUCUCGAAGUCGACCCCCCACUCCUCGGCCACACAAUCAACACCAACCUGAGCGGCGCAUUCUGGGCAACGCAAGCAGCAGCACGACAAAUGGCACUAGCUCAAUCGCCACCGGGGGGUUCCAUUAUUGGGAUUAGUUCUAUCUCUGCGCUUGUUGGGGGUGGACAGCAGACGCAUUAUACGCCUACGAAGGCGGGCGUGCUUAGUCUUAUGCAGUCGUGUGCGGUUGCGUUGGGCAAGUAUGGCAUCAGAUGUAAUGCGCUGUUGCCGGGGACGAUCCGGACUCAGUUGAAUGAUGAGGAUAUGAGUGAUCCGGUGAAGAGGUCGUAUAUGGAGGGGAGGAUUCCGUUGGGAAGGUUGGGCCAGCCGCCGGAUUUGGCGGGACCGGCGGUGUUUUUGGCGAGUGAGGAGUUGAGUGGUUAUGUGGUGAGUAUUAUUAUUCCCCUCUUGUUCUAUGUUUGUGGGAAGGGUGUGCUAAUGUGGAUGGAUAGACUGGAGCGCAGAUAUUGGUGGAUGGGGGUGCUUUUGUGA